AUGACUACCAACAGGCCCUUUCUCGGGGGCUUCCUCGCUGCCUUUCGCGCCCAGCAGCCCUCUCUCCAAAAGACCGUGUCCUCGCAAGCUGCCUCUGUCGCAUCCUACGCCCAGAACACCACCCCAGCACAACAGCAACAGGCCCGUGACUCGGCUGCAGCCGCCUCGCGCACCAUUACUGCAAAGGCGCGAUCUCCUUCACCGGGCGCGACCGUUGCUGUCCAAGGAACCGGCCACUUCCAGCCCACCAGACAGCACGCCCCUCCUCCCUACACCCGCUCCACAUCGCCCCAGGCGAAAGCCUUCCCCAUACCAGGCGCGUCGCAACGGAGCAGGAGAGGCUCAGACAGCUCUUCGGACGGCUUCCAUGAGGCCAUGGGCGCAGAAAAAUGGUAUAUUGGUGGCCGCACCGCCACAGGCGAGGAGAAGUUUUACAAGCUUGGCAUGGUUAAGCGACACAAGAGCGCGGAUCGCUUGAGCCUGGAUAAGCUCAGCAUAUGA